GGAUACGGCUGAUUGCUGGCGUUUGCCUGGGCAGUGCCAACGACGCCAAUGAAUCCUUCACCGACGGCUGUCACUUGUGGGCUUGCAGUCGUUUAUCUCCUGAAGCCAGAGGGUGUCGCGUGCUAUUGCCCGCCUCGCUACCCCAAUGCAGGUUGGCUGGGGGAGAUUUGGUCGUGAAUGGACCGUGUGAAGACCCUAGCUGACCAGAUGCUUAAAACCAAGUGCCCCUCGCCUUCACCCCAUCCAAAGCUCGUUUAAUUAUAGCUUGCCAUCAUCGUAUCUUGCCUGGUCUGAGCGCGAACAUCUAGUAUCUUUAUUGUGUCCUGCCUGCUCACAUCUUCCACACCAUCGACGGCGUGCUUUUACCGUCUGUCAAUUCCGAUUCACGCGCUAAACGCCCACAACCCAUCAUCGCCUGGGCAUCAUCAUGGCGACCACCGAGGAAAAACAGCCUCCACACGAUGUCAACUCUCCGGAGAACUCGUUGACGGAUACCAACACGCUUGAUCUCCCACCUUCGUGGAAAUACAAGCGCUUUACCGUCGCCGGUUUCAAGUUGCCAUGGUUUGCAUCACCACCUGUCCAACUGGUCAUUGUUUCUUUCGUUUGCUUCAUGUGUCCGGGCAUGUUCAAUGCUCUGAAUGGCAUGGGUGGUGGUGGCCAACUUGACGCAACCGCGAACAACCGGGCCAACACGGCAUUGUACUCGACCUUUGCUGUUGUCGGCUUCUUUGCCGGCACCUUUACGAACAAGCUUGGCAUCCGCACCUCUCUGUCUUUUGGCGGCGUCGGAUACUCCAUCUAUGUUGCCUCUUACCUAUGCUACAACCACACGCAGAAUCUGGGCUUUACCACAUUCGCUGGUGCACUACUUGGAGUAUGCGCUGGUCUGCUUUGGUGUGCGCAGGGAGCCAUAAUGAUGUCUUACCCACCAGAAGACUCGAAGGGCCGUUACAUCUCAUGGUUCUGGAUGAUCUUCAACUUGGGUGCUGUCAUUGGUAGUCUGAUCCCAUUGGGACAGAAUAUUCACACCAAGACUGCCGGUACAGUCAACGACGGUACCUACAUCGGCUUCCUUGUCCUCACCAUCCUCGGUGCCGCUCUCGCUUGGACUCUGGUCGACGCGAAAGACGUCAUUCGUGACGAUGGAUCAAAGGUUAUCGUCAUGAAACACCCUUCUUGGAAGUCGGAGAUCGUUGGUCUUUACCAAACCUUCUUCACCGACCCUUACAUUAUCCUUCUAUUCCCCAUGUUCCUCGCAUCUAACUGGUUCUACGCGUACCACUUCACCGAGAUCAAUGCUGCAUACUUCAACGUCCGCACCCGCGCGCUCAAUGGUGUUGUCUACUACAUCAUGCAGAUUGUCGGCGCCUACGUCUUUGGAUAUGCGCUGGACAUCAAGGGUAUCCGCCGUACAACUCGUGCUAAGGCCGUAUGGGCUGUACUUUUCGCGACCAUCAUGAUCAUCUGGGGUUUCGGUUACAUGUUCCAGAAGACCUACGACCGUGCCUGGGCAGAAGACGAGACAAACGAGAAGAAGGACUGGUCUGACGCAGGUUACGCUGGUCCCUUCGUUCUCUACAUGUUUUAUGGCUUCUCCGAUGCCGCUUGGCAAACCUCAGUCUACUGGUUCAUGGGCGCCCUGACAAACAACAGCCGUAAGCUCGCCAACUUUGCUGGUUUCUACAAGGGUAUCCAGUCUGCUGGAGGUGCCAUUACAUGGCGUAUGGACGACACUAAGGUCGCCUACAUGACAAUGUUUGCCAGCAACUGGGGAUUGCUUGCCGGCAGUCUGAUUAUUGCUCUUCCCGUAAUUCUCUGGAAAGUCGAAGACACUGUCGCCAUUGAGAAGGAUGUCGCUUUUACCGACGAGACAGUCGCGGAAGUCGCUCCCAAGGCGAUCGUCCACACAGCGCAUAGCGAUGCUGAGAAGGUCUAGUCCAAUCAUUGAAGGACACUCACGAUUGAAACUUUAUAAGUAAUGACGGGGAUUGGUUUACUUGUAUUUGCUUGUUUAUGAUACCUCAAGUGGAGUUGCAUUAGCGGGCCAGAGUUAAGGAGCUUGAUUUCCUGACAUUUAAACUUAGGCGGUCAUUUACAGGUCUCUACAUCACACCGUGGGUCACAUGUUCCGUGGCACAGCAUGCGGAUUAAUUUGACGCAGCCAGCGGUGCUACGGCACAGCAGCUUAGCUAUAUUCCUAAUGAAAGAAUAUCCUUACAAUCACU